AUGUCUUACAUAGAAGACGAUGAGAUCCCUACCGCAGAUAAACUCAUUCAGAAUAGUGAGUCCAAGGAUGAAAUAGAAUUAGAGGACGAAAUUCAACAAGAUUGGAAACAAUUCACAUCGUCAAAGCAAAACAUAUCAUCAGUAUCAAUUCCAAAAAGAGGAGAGAAAGAGUUCGAACCAGAUGGGACUGCUGUUCAACUAACGUCAUUACAAGAAUCACAAAAUGCUAUGUUUGCAGCAUUAUCUCAAGAUCGUGGUCAUCAUUAUUCUAAACGAUUAAUUGGAGUAUGGUGUUCUAAAAUUCAUCAAUGUGUGAUAAUUAAUGUUAAGGGGAAUUAUUUUAAAGACAUGGGUAAGGGUAAAGAUAAUUUCAUUUAUUUGAAUAGUAUUGAAACUAUGUAUUUGGCCGAAAGAGGCAGUCUAGUGGUUUUUUUAUCGAAUGAUAAAUUUGAAAAAUUGAUCCUUGAUAAUGAUAUCAAGAAUUUGAAGGAGUAUAACAUAGAGAAUGAGCUAUGGGGUUUAGAUUUGGAAUACCUUUAUUGUUUGACAGAGAUCGAUGUUGCAAAAUAUCAAAUUUAUGCCUACUUGAAAAGAUUAGGUUAUUUGUUGAUGGAAGUAGAGACCAACCACAUUCAAAAAGAAAUUCAAAUAGUCAAUAAACCAAAACAAAAUUCGAAACUAGAUGUAUCAUACUGGCUACUACCGAGAAAAUGGGGAAUAUUGCCAUAUCCGAAUCUACAUACAUCACACUUUGCAUCAAAAAAUUAUUUUAAUUAUACAAAUAUAGCUGAAUCCAUAUCAUUAAAUAAUCAACUAAUAACUCCUCAACAACCAGAAAAUGAAUUUAACAUAACAUUCAAUGUUUGGAGACCCACACCUCAAUUUUCAAAGAAGAACCCUCCCUACCCUGAUUAUCAAGUAUGUGUAGUUGAUUCAUCUAAAAAUCAAGAUUAUUUAUCUUUUGAACAAAUUAAAAAUUUACAAUCUAAAUUGCUCAGGCAAGAAGAUUUUGAAACUCAAAAACCUAAAAUUAAACCCAAACCAACUACAUCCAAAACAGAAACAAAAAAACAAAUCAAAGCUAAACGAGCAGAAGAAAGAAAUAAAAAAUUAGAUAAAUCAAUACAACUAAGAAAUUCAUAUUUACGUCAAAGAGAUAUGGGAUUUAAAUAUGGUUAUGCAAGUCUUAUAAUUGGAAUUUACAAUUAUGGAGUUUUAAAUUUUGUUAAUUUAUCAACUGGAAAUUUCAAUUGUGAAUUUAAAAAGGCAAAUUUAGAUAACAUUUACCCCAAUAAAAAUCAUUCAAUAAUUUAUAACGAAUUUUAA